GCGGCAUCGUAUUUCGCCAAGCACGCAGGCUUUUAUUAUUGGUGGUCAGACUUCAGUCCGAGAGGGGCAGGUUUCAAAUUUGCCUCGGUCUCUCUCUCGCUCUCUCUCGUGCUAGCUUCUAAUGGAGGACGCCAACACCUUCGAUCCAGACCUCGUUCAUGCCAUUUUUAAGCUCGUGUGGAACAGAAGAGCCCUCGAGCGAGAAAGAAACGAAGGCGCUGAUGGUUUGGAUAUCCAGGAAAAAAUUGUGCUGAGGCCGAACGGAUUGGUUGGGGCAAGGAGUCUGGUUGAUAAUUGUGUCAAAUUGGUUGGUGCAGGAGCAUCCAAAAAGAAUCGGCCGACAUAUGCUAAUGCAAAUGCACUCAAGCUGAGCUGUGAACUUCUCCGGAUCUUUGUCACAGAGGCCGUGCAGCGUGCUGCUACGAUUGCUGAAGCAGAGGGUGUUAGUAAAAUUGAAGCAACUCACUUGGAGAGGAUUCUCCCUCAGUUACUUUUGGAUUUUUAAGCAACAGAGAUGAAGAAUUUUGAUGUCUUCUUUCAUAUACUGGAUUAUUUGAUCAGUAUGCCAGUGAAAGUGGUGACAGAAGUGGCCUGCUAUUGAGAUACUGAGUUUUUGUCAUUCAUCUGGAUAAAGCCAAUGGGGCAUCUAAUUGUUUUUAUGAUCCCUUGGUCCCUUGUAUAAAAUAAAUUUGCAAUAGAAAUUCAUAUCUGUAAAUGACCUUCAAGGCUAAUGUAAUUUACGAAAUUAAGAUAUCUUUCAUAGUCCUUAAAAUAACUGUAUUACUUAGAAACAGAGUGUAUUAUUAAUGCAUGGAGAAGUUUGUAAUUGAAUUAUUA